ACAACCGUAUGUGACGCAGCACCAACUCAUAGCAAAGAUGAAUAUACUUUGCCAAUCCUAAACAGUACAAUUUCUAAAGAUUCCUAUGUUUUUCCUAUGAACUAUAAGCAGCGUGGAAGAGCUAUAAUAUUUAAUCACUACAAAUUUCAAACGCUGAAUUCAAGGGACGGUACUGAUUUAGAUGAAAAGAAUUUGAAGAAACGCCUCUCCGCCUUGAAUUUCGAUAUAAAAGUGCACAGAGACUUAAAAUACAUGGAAAUCUAUCAAACACUUCAAACAGCUGCUGAAGACAAACACGAAGAUGUGGGUUGCCUUAUGAUAAUUGUUCUAACACACGGAGAAAGCAAUGGUUUACAUGCUUAUGAUCACAUGUAUUCUGUUGAUACGUUAUGGACCCCUUUUGUGGGAAAUAAAUGUCCGUCGUUAGUUGGAAAGCCAAAAAUUUUUCUCAUUCAGGUAACCAUUUUUUAUUUUGUAGGUUAUUACUCCUGGCGAAGCCCUUUAAAUGGAUCAUGGUUUAUUGAGUGCCUUUGUAAGGAAUUGGAAAAACACGCGUCUGAACGUGAUUUUCUUACCAUACUAACAUUCGUUAAUAGGAGGAUGGCAAUUGACUAUGAAAGCAAUGUUCCUGACGUAGCCUAUAUGCACAAAAAAAAACAAAUCGGAUCUAUAAUGACCACCUUGACACGUCUGCUCUACUUCUACGAACAUAACCUCAUAUUGGAAGAGGGUACAGAGUAGGUAUACAUAAUCUACUCAUACUGUAUCUUUUUUUUUUUUUAAUAAAAUUAUGAUUGGUGUGUACCAAAAGCCUUCCAGAUGUAAGUGAAUAUGUACCAUGACCAAAGUUUUUUAACUAUAUAUAUAUAGCAGCAUAAGUUAAUUCUCUUAUGUAUAAAGAAUUUAAUACCUACAGAACUGAACUAAACCAUCUUCUUCGGAAUAUACCCGUUUGAAGUUUGAAGUGAACAAUGUGAAAGAAAUUUGAAAACUUUUGUUCUUUGUAUUAGGUUUAGCAGUUUUUUUUUUUAAUAAAUUAAGUAUAAUUCA